AGUGAAGCGAAUGACAUAAGUCUGUACAGUCGCAUUUUGCGCUCGCUCUGGAGAAGAUCGCGCUCAUUUUCAUUAGUCAAGUGGUUCCAGCGUUCCGACCAAUCAGCGUGCCCCAUAGUUUUUUUUAUAUAGUUUGGAACUGUUUGCCGACCAUGCCCGGCAUUGUUUACCACAAAAAUCCGACGAUAAAGCAGAGAAUUGUUUUUUGAAAAAUCCUGAAUCUGCUGCGAUAAGACCGGGCUGAAAGAUGAUCAUCCCAGUGGCGUUUACCGUAUUGAGCAUUUGCAUCAUUGGAUCUGCAGGCUCAGCCCUUCAUGGGCCUUGCGAAACGGACGACGAUUGCGGCACUAUGGAUACGGUUUGCAAAAACGGUGUUUGUGCAUGUCAGGAACAGUUUGCUGUUUGGUUUGAUUCGUGCAUAUCUUUGGCCCAACCACGAGUGGCGUGCACCAAGAAGCACGAAUGCCACAAGAAAAUGGGCAUUAGAAGCAUCUGCACAAAGAAGAACCAAUGCGCUUGCAAGGCAUUCCAUCAUCUGCAUUUAGGGCAAUGCGUGAAGAAUAGGGAUUUACACGAUACAUGUGACCACGACCAUCAAUGUUACUGCGGCGCCGAUUGCCAAAGCAAAAUCGCCUGCAUCCACAAGAAUUGCUCGUGUAUAGCCGGACAUAGUCCUUAUAAAAGCCGAAGGUGCAUAUCUGAUCUUCCAAUGGUGCUAUCGGUGGCCGAUCAGCAAAUACAAGUUACUCAGCUGCCGGAGAAACUGCCUCAAUCCUCCACGAAAGAGGAGGUGGUUGCAAUGGAGAGUUCCCCAGUCAGCAGGGCGCGUGCAGUUUCCAGUGUUUUCCUGUUGGUGCUGUUUGGAGCUUUACUGGGCUUCGAGCUGUAAGGAGGACUGAAAAACACUAGAGUGUCUUCAAGAAAAAAAACAUUUCGGUGCCAAAGUUUCCUUCUAGAUCUCUGGGUGUGUUUACUGUGUAAAUAUCGCUAGUUUUAUACUUAUUGUAUAUUUUUUACCUGCC